AUGCAAUUAAGCUUUAGUAAAUUUUUGCAACCAAAUUUUCCACAAAAAAGUGUAUUAAGUUUAUCAAAUGCUAUUGUUGGUGCAUCUGUUCUUUCAAUGGCAUAUUGUUUUCAACAAUGUGGAGUUAUUUUAGCAACACUAUUAAUAAUUAUUUCUGCAUUAAUUACAUCAUAUUCAUGUAAAAUUCUUAUCGCAAGUGCUCAAACAACGAACUCAACAACCUAUGAAUAUUUAGGUUUACGAGCAAUGGGACGUUCAAUGAAAUUAAUUGUGGAAUUAAGUUCCAUUGGUCUUCUAUUGGGUUCAAUUGUAGCUUAUCAAAUGAUUAUUGGUGAUCUUGGUUCAGUCGUUUUUUCACAAGCAUUUAAUAUAACGAAUUCACCAUCAAUAAGAGCUUUAGUAAUGAUAGUAUUGACAUGUACGGUUUCAUUUCCAAUAAGUUUAUCUGAAAGAUUUGAUCAUUUAACACCAAUAUCAAUUCAAUCGAUUUUAUUCUAUCUUCUUUUUGGUGUUUAUACAUUUGUUCAAUUAUGGUUAAAUUCAAUGGAAACAUCAUUUAAUAUUAAUAAACUAGUUUAUUGGAGAUGGAGUGGCUUAUUUGUUAGUUUACCAAUUGUAUCACUCUCAUUCUCAUGUCAAACAAUGAAAGAACCUGAGAUGGAGAAUCCCACUAAACACCAAUCCAAUCAUGAUGAGAAAAAACAUCAACCCCAAAGUUAA